AAAGGCAUGGAUCGCUCAUUCACGAUAGAAAUUAUGGAAAAUCGUACUAUAAAAGAUCGAAGCAUAGGAGCAGUGCGUAUUAUGGAGCGAGUGGAUAACGAUACUCGAUCUCUUCGUCGCGACAUUAUUGCAGAAGGUCGCAAAGUUGGUACUCUGGACAUGACGGUGCAGUCAUAUGACGAUCCGUUGUAUUUGUGA